UCACAUAUGUCUUCCCAAGAAUGUUACUGUAUUUUCAUUACAAAGUUUCAUGGCUUCAAAUUGCGAUGAAUGAACCCCUCAGGAUUCGUUGGGAGUCAGUCGAUCGCUUGAGUUCCUUUCUCUCGGGGUCUCAAAAACUCUCUCUGUAAACAGUUUCCAAUAAGUUUCUCUUCACUCGUUACUUUAAUCUUUUUAUCCAUCUAUCCGCACUCGUUACCCCAAAAUUCUACCUCAAAACCUAUACCAAACAACCCCGUCAGAGGCCGAGGGGGUGGGGGGGAUGGAUUCAAAACAGAGCAACGCCACCAAAGUCCUAAUGCUACCAUGGUUAGCCCAAGGCCACAUGACUCCCUUCCUAGAGCUAGCCAAGAAACUCUCUACCAAGAACUUCCACAUCUACCUAUGCUCCACACCCAUCAUUCUCACUUCUAUCCAGAACAGAAUCACCGAAACCCAAUCCCUCUCCAUAGAACUAGUACCACUCCACCUCCGGCCGACUUCGCCGGAGCUCCCUCCCCACCACCACACCACCAACGGCCUCCCGCCGCACCUCCUCCCGACCUUGAUGAACGCCUUUGACUCAGCAAGCCCUGACUUCUCCAAACUCGUGCAAACACUCCGGCCAGAUUUGGUCAUUUAUGACUUUUUGCAGCCGUGGGCCCCGACGAUUGCCUCGGAGUACAACAUUCCGGCGGUGGAGUUCGUCACCACCGGAGCAGCGGUGGUUUCUUUCUUCUCCUUCCUCGCAUUCAAGAAACCCGACGUUGAACUCCCAUUCCCGGAACUUCAGCCGUUGUUAGGGAGCUUUCGAAACGCACUGCCAAGCAGGCCUGUAGAUGAUGGAGGAGGUGGCAAGCAGACACCUAUGCUAGAAUGCAUGAAAAAAUCAAGUAAAAUGAUUUUGUUCAAUACUUUCAGAGAACUUGAGGGUAAAUACCUUGAUUAUUUACCUAUUUCAAUUGAGAAAAAGAUAGUUCCGAUUGGUCCGUUAGUUCACGAAACUGAUCAUGAAGAGAACAAGGAUUCGGCGAUAAUGCAAUGGCUUGGCACAAAAGAUGAGCUCUCGACCGUGUUUGUGUCCUUUGGAAGUGAGAGUUUUCUGUCGGAGGAGGAGAGGGAAGAAAUAGCUAAUGGGUUGGAUCUUAGUGGCGUUAAUUUCAUAUGGGUUGUUAGGUUUCCAGUAGGAGAGAGAACUGAGGUUGAAGAGGCACUGCCUGUGGGAUUUCUUGAAAGGAUAGGACAGAGAGGAUUGGUUGUGAACGGUUGGGCCCCGCAGGCCCAAAUUCUAGCCCAUUCAAGUACAUGUGGGUUCGUGAGCCAUUGCGGCUGGAAUUCUAUAUUAGAGAGCUUGAAAUUCGGGGUUCCGAUCAUAGCGAUGCCCAUGAAACACGACCAGCCCGUCAGUGGUAAAGUGGUGGAGGAUGUUGGGAUUGGUGUGGAAGUCAAGAGAGAUGAGAACAGGAAGCUCAACAGAGAAAACAUAGCACAAGUUAUAAGGAAAGUGGUGAAGGAUGAGAGUGGUGUGCAGGUAAGAACUAAAGCAAGAGAACUUAGGGAGAUCAUAAGAAUGAAAGGGGAAAAAGCCGUAGAUGGAGUGGUGCAAGAGUUCGUGCAACUUUGCAAUCAGGGCAAAACGAUUUGAAGAAAUUUGAAAUUUCAGUCCUGAUCAAAACGGACUUACGUGUUUUGUUUGACCAUUGUGUUUUAAAUUGGGUUCUUCCGGUGAUUCAUUCAUAGCGUUCGAUGAUUUUUAUUUUAUUUUUUGUCGGAUACUAAUGGGCGUCCGA